AUGGUGGCCUCAACCGACGACUCACACGCCCGUAGCGUUGCGGGGCCCGAACAUCGUCCCCCUCCAACCGCCUCUUUCCCCAACGACACGAAUAUCUUUUGCAGUGUUUCCAACACUUCCAAGAUUUUCAUUAAGUUCCUCCCCAGUAGCGUUCUUACCAUCAUCAGCGAUUCCUUUUCGUCCAGCUCUAUCUGUCCCAACACUGUCUUACUCCUCAUACAGAUGAACUGCGACAACGGCUCCUCGAACGCCAACAUUGCCGGAUCGAACAGCAUGUUCCCCCUCGACUGUGCCGAGUUCAACAACGGGUUGGACAGUACGGAGCUCAGUAAUUAUCUGAAUCCCGUUGAUAGAGCAGGGGCAGUUGGUAGUGGACGGUUCCAUUAUGCUUCCGUGCUGGGGCAUUUGGCACUCCGUUGGCCUUGCUGGCGUGGCUUUCUUGUCGAUGCUUCAUGCUUGCCUUCACGUGUCGUUCCAUUCAAGUACAACCUCGGUGGGUGUGAUUCAUGGCAGCCUCACAUUUCCGAUUAA